CCAUGAAGACUCUCCGGGCACGGUUUAAGAAGACAGAGCUGCGGCUCGGCCCCCCCAACCUCGGCUCCUGCCCGCCCUGCGGCCCCUGCCCCAUCCCGAAGCCGGCAGCCAGAGGCAGGUGCCAGAGCCAGGACUGGGGGAAAAGCGACGAGCGGCUGCUGCAGGCCGUGGAAAACAACGACGCCUCGCGGGUGGCUGCCCUCAUCACCCGUAAGGGGCUGGUGCCCACGAAGCUGGACCCCGAGGGCAAGUCCGCGUUCCACCUGGCGGCCAUGAGGGGUGCAGCCAGCUGUCUGGAGGUGAUGCUGGCCCACGGCGCCAACGUCAUGAGCACGGACGGGGCAGGUUACAAUGCCCUCCACCUGGCCGCCAAGUACGGGCACCCGCAGUGCUUGAAGCAGCUGCUGCAGGCGUCCUGCGUGGUGGACACUGUGGACAGCAGUGGGUGGACGGCCCUGCAUCAUGCAGCGGCUGGCGGCUGCAUCGCCUGCUCAGAAAUGCUCUGUUCCUUCAAGGCACACCUGAAUCCCCGAGAUCGGUUGGGUACAACACCCCUCAUCAUAGCAGCUCAGAUGUGUCAUACAGAUCUGUGCCGCCUCCUCCUGCAGCAGGGGGCUGCCGCCAAUGACCAAGACCUGCAUGGCAGGACAGCUCUGAUGCUGGCCUGUGAGGGGGCCAGCCCCGAAACCGUGGAGGUGCUGCUGCAGGGCGGGGCUCAGCCGGGCAUCACCGAUGCGCUGGGCCAGGACGCUGCUCACUACGGCGCCCUGGCGGGGGACAAAUUCAUCUUGCACCUCCUGCAGGAGGCGGCCCGGCGCCCCUCACCACCCAGCGAGGAUGACUCAGGAGAGGCGUCAUCUCAGAACUCCGUGUCCAGCCGUGAAAAGCGAGGGGCUACCAAGAAGCGGAAGGCACCUCAGCCCCCCGCCAGCAUCCCUAUGCCGGAUGAUCGAGACGCCUACGAGGAGAUCGUGCGGCUGCGGCAGGAGAGGGGCCGCCUGCUACAGAAGAUCCGGGGUCUGGAGCAGCACCAGGAACGGAGGAAGCAGGAGGCGGAGGCCAGCUCCCUGCACAGCCUGGAGAGACAGGUGCAGGAGCUGCAGCAGCUGCUGGCGGAGAAGCAGGAGGAGAAGGAGAGUCUGGGCCGGGAGAAUGAACGGGAGAACACCAGCUAUGACGUGGCCACCCUGCAGGAUGAGGAGGGCGAGCUGCCCGACUUUCUGGGGGCCGAGGCCCUGCUCUCCAAGCGGCUAAGCCCGUCAGCCCAGGAGCUCUUGGCCUCGCUUCAGGAGCAGGUGGCCGCCCUCAGGAGAGAGAACCAGGAGCUGAUGGAGAAGGUCCAGAUCCUGGAGAACUUCGAGAAAGAUGAGAUGGAUGCGAAUGGUUCGGCCGAGGUCAUCCCUCUGGCCCUCUAUGACUCUCUCCGGGCUGAGUUGGACCAGCUCCGCAGGCAGCACGCCGAGGCCCUGCGGGCUCUGGAGGAGCAGGGGGCGCGGGAGGCCCCUGGAGAAGAGGACGCGGCCCCCGGGGAGGGCGAGGGCCUGGGAGCCAAGACCACCAGAAAUGGGCCAACGGAAACACAGCUUAAUGGGACGGUGGCUCCAGAAACCAAGGUUAACGGACCUGAGAGCACAGAGGAGGAGGCUGCGGGAGUCGAAACCAUGGAAGCAACACCCACGGGGGCCAAGGCCACAGAAACAAAAGCCACGGAUGUCGAGGCCACAGGAACAGAGGGCGUGGGAGCUGAGAGCUUGGAAAUCAAGGCCAUGGAGGCUGAGGUCACAGAAACGAACGCUCUAGAAGGAGGAGGAAACCCAGAAACAAAAGCCACUGGAGUCGAGGCCGCAACCACGAAAGCAGAGGAACCAAAAAUGAAGCCUGGUGAAGUGGGUGCUGUGGAGGCAGAGCUCAUGGGCACGGAGACCACGGACAUGGAGGCCACGGGAGUGGAGGCCACGGAUCCGGAGGCCAUGGGAGCGGAGGCCGCGGGCUCUGUCCUACACCCGGGGGCUGCUGAGGCCUCGGAAAAGCUCCAGGCCGAGCUGGAGACCAGGAUUCGUGCCUUGGAGGAGGCACUCCGGCAGCGGGAGCGGGAGGCCGCCACCGAGCUGGAGGCCGCCCGUGGCAAGUGCGAGGCCGCGGAGGCCGAGGCGGGCCGGCUGCGCGAGCAGGUGCGCGAGGCUGAGGGUGGUGCCAUCGGCGUGGCCAGCAGCAGCGACAUGGUCCAGCUGCGGGCAGCCUUGGAGCAGGCUCGGGAGGACCUCCAAGCCCGCGACUCCCGCCUCCGGGAGCUGGAGGCCACCGCGGCCUGGCUGGAUGAGGCCCGGGCCGGCCGGCUGCUGGCCGAGGAGGAGGCCCGGGGGCUGCGGGCCGAGCUGGCCCAGCGGGAGGAGGUGAGGCUGGAGCAGAGCCGGGAGCUGGAGGCGCUGCGGAAGCAGCUGGCCACUGCCACGGCUGCCGGGGAGCAGCAGCGGGCAGCGGCCGCCGAGCUGGGCCGAGCGCGGGAUGAGGCUGAGGCCCGGGCCGUGGAACUGUCCGCGGCCUGCGAGGAGGCCCGGCGGGGCCUGGCGGAGCUGCGCGAGGCCUCGGAGGCCCUGCGCCAGUCGGCUGUGCCGGCCUCCGAGCACCACCGGCUGCAGGAGGAGGCCCUGGAGUUGCGCGGCCGGGCGGCCAGCCUGGAGCAGGAGGUGGUGGCCACGGGCAAGGAGGCCGCCCGGCUGCGGGCGGAGCUGGAGCGGGAGCGCGUGGGCAGCGUGGCCCGCUUGGACCACGAUCGCGUGGUGGGCGCGCUGCAGGCCGAGGUGGCCCGGCUGGAGGGGCAGCUGGAGGAGCUGGGCCGCCGCCACGAGAAGACCAGCGCUGAGGUCUUCCAGGUCCAGCGGGAGGCCCUGUUCAUGAAGAGCGAGCGGCACGCAGCCGAGGCCCAGCUGGCUGUGGCAGAGCAGCAGCUGCGGGGGCUCCAGACCGAGGUGGAGCAGGCACGCCAGGCCCAGAGCCAUGCCCAGGAGGCUCUAGACAGGGCCAAGGAGAAGGACAAGAAGAUCACAGAGCUCUCCAAGGAAGUGUUCAGUCUGAAGGAGGCGCUGAAGGAGCAGCCGGCAGCCCCGGGCACCCCGGAGGUGGAGGCCCUCCGUGCCCAGGUGAAGGGUCUUCAGCAGCAGCUGGAGGAGGCUGCCAGGGGCCACAGUGCCGUGGUGGCUUUGUAUAGGAGCCACCUCCUGUACGCCAUUCAGGGUCAGAUGGACGCAGAUGUGCAGCGGAUUCUGAGUCAGAUCCUACAGAUGCAGCGGCUUCAGGCUCAGGGCCGCUGAGCCUCAGAGCUCUGACGGCCCCGCCCCGCCCGCCAGGCCCCGCACGGGGCGUCACACACAGACCCUCUGCCC